CUUUAUCACAUGUAAACCCUAGUUGUCCCUCAAUUUUCCUUGCCCUAGCUACUUCUUUCUUCCUUGUUUCCAUCAUUCUUCAAAUUCUUGCAUAUACUGACUUUUAUAUUUGUUUCUUUUUUUUCUUAUUUGUUUCUUCUGGGUGUUCAAUUCUGUGUUUAUCUUCUCCUUCAACAAGAAAAAAGAUAAAAAAAGAAAGGAACCUUUGUGUUUAAUUUCUCCUUGUUUGAUUCUGGUUCCAAUCUUUGGACAGGCUUUUCGAUCGAUUUUGGGUUAUCAAAUCACAUUUUGAUGAAUUAAUAUUUGCAUGUACAGGUUUUUAAAGGAAACAAUCAGAUUAUAAUUGGCGUUAUGGAUAACGAAAAUGGGGUUGUCACAAAGAACAAUACAACAAAUUCAGAAGGAACUAAAAGUGACGAAAUCGUUGCUCAACAAAAAAAUUUAGGCACUUGUCCUUCAGAAUUAUUUUUAGAUUCUGUGUCUGGUGAUCCCCUUGUUGAAUCCAAAGGGGCAUUAGAAGUUUCUGAUAAUAAUAAUCCAAAAAUGAGCGUACAAGAAUCAUCAACAACAGCGCAAUCUGCUGGUGGGUAUGAUCCAAAUCGGAUUCCAUCAGCCAUUUUCACCGGUAAGCCUGCGUCGCCUAUGGAAUGGAGUCUGGCUUCAAAUGAAUCAUUGUUUAGUAUUCAUAUGGGGAAUAAUAGUUUUACAAGAGAUCAUGUUUAUAUGCUAUACAAAUCUGGCGAACUACCGAAACCCGACGAAAUGAAUAAUUCCCCGCCUAACAUGUUUCCUGUUAUGGAAACAAGAAAGAGUGGAGACUUAAAAAUGACAGAAGAAAAAUUAACUGAACCUGCAAAAACGGAAACCCAAUUACCAGGAAAGGAAGUUUCAGGGACUAGUAAAAAAAAAGCUCCUUCUGCAGAAGAUGUUCGAAAUUCAUCGAGCAGUACGCAGUCUUUUCAAUUCCCAGUAUUGGAAGCAAAUGUAGGAGGAAGUGCUUCUGUUAAAGUGGUAAUGGACAAGCAGCCCUCACAGCAGCGGCAACAGCAGCAGCAGGAGGAGGCGCAGCCGCAAGCGCCUGGAACACCGCCAAAGCCUGCAGGGAACAGUUGGUUUUCUUGCUUUUCUUGCUGUUCUUUGGGUUGCUGAUAGAGCAUUUUGGAUUGUUACUGUUUAGAUUUAUCAAAUUGAUCACUUGGUGAAAAAAUCGAAUACAGAAAAUUGAAAUGCUUGCCUUCGUCUGCAGGAUUGAAUCUAGAUAUGAGACUUGUUUAGUUUUAACGAGUCUUUUCUAAUUGCAGACUUAUGGAUGCUUGUUGUCUAUUUAUAGAAUAUUUUCUUGGGCAUCUUUGUCUUCCUUGAAUUCUAUAAUAGUCCAUUUCAACAGACAUGCAGCGGUUCAACAAUAAGGUGAUAACACAAGUUGGAUCUAAAAAGCGCAUUUUGCUAUAAGAGCAAAAAUCUUUACGCUUUACUGUUCGAGGGAUAAAAAUAUCCUGGUUAUAAAAAAAAAAAAAAAAAAAAA